CGUUGACGAGCUGCCUCGGAGGCCGGGGUAGCCGACCGCACGCGCGUGUCCAGACAGGAAGCGGAAAUGCGUGUCGAUAUUAAAGGCGUCGCCCCGCCCCCAGCGUGCCUCUUUCCGUCUCCGGCCGCCGCACCGAGAGGAGGUUUCUGCCUGCUGCUCCCCUGACGUUUCCCGCGUCCCCUUUCGCCGCAGUCGCCGCCAUGUCCGCGCAUCUGCAAUGGAUGGUCGUGCGGAACUGCUCCAGCUUCUUAAUCAAGAGGAACAAGCAGACGUACAGCACCGAGCCGAAUAACCUGAAAGCGCGCAACUCCUUCCGCUACAAUGGGCUCAUUCACCGCAAGACCGUGGGUGUGGAGCCGGCGGCGGACGGCAAAGGGGUCGUGGUGGUGAUGAAGCGGAGAUCCGGCCAACGCAAGCCGGCCACUUCCUACGUGCGGACCACCAUCAACAAGAACGCCCGGGCCACCCUCAGCAGCAUCCGGCACAUGAUCCGGAAGAACAAGUACCGCCCGGAUUUGCGCAUGGCCGCCAUCCGCAGAGCCAGCGCCAUCCUGCGCAGCCAGAAGCCUGUGAUGGUGAAGAGGAAGCCGAGCCGCCCCACCAAGAGCUCCUGAGCCUCUGGCCUCCCCUCCCCAGAGCAAUAAAGCUGUCAGCCACCGCC